CCAAUGUCCUUACCUCGGAUUCCCACAAAGUCGACUCUUCUAUCUGCAAGUUAACGGUGCCCUCAACCACUUAAAUUGCAGACUUGACCAGAUUUUGACCAGUGAGGACUAUCAGCGUUGUCAGCAAUGCAGGUUCUUAAUGUCAAUCGUCUUCCUUCCAGCUUUGCAAGGAUCUCAAACAGAUCAAGUCACGUACGGCAGGCCACUCGUUCAGUUCCCCUGGCACCCACCAUCAAGGCGGAGGACGUCCAGCUGGGUCAGGCCCUGCUGGACGCCCAUGCCAAGGCUGUGGAGCUUUUCAAGGUCAUUGAAUCUAAAGACCUAUUGAAGCCUGGCCGGACAGAAGAGGAUAUUAAUAAGGAGAUAUUCGAUCUGGCAGCAGUCAGCUUUGGCACGCGCAAGUACUGGCAUGUGCGGCUUGUGCGCACAGGAGAGAACACAAUCCACCCCAUACACGUGAAGACGCCUGAUCGCAUAUUGAAGGAGGAUGACAUCGCCUUCAUAGACCUUGGCCCUGUUUUCGAGAAUGUGGAGGCCGAUUUCGCCAGAAACUAUGUCAUUGGAAACGAUCCAGAGAAGAACAAGCUGUCAGCGGCAUUGCCCAAAAUCUUCAAGAAGUGCAAGGCUGAAUACCAGUCGCGUCCAGACAUGACUGGUGCUGAGCUGUACGCCUUUGUCCUCAGGACAUGCCAGGAGCAUGGAUACAAGUAUGCAAACACGUACUGCGCACACCUGCUGGGACGGUUCAGCCACAAAAUGGACUACGGGCUGGAGGAUGUCAACUUUGCACGCCCCGAGAACCACACGCCCAUGUCUGCAGCUGCGCCCAAUGGCGACACUCGCUUCUGGGUGCUUGAAAUCCACAUUCUUCAGGACCCUGCCAUUGGCAUGUACGGUGGCUUCUAUGAGGACUUGCUCAAUCUGUAAAAGGAGGACCCAAUCUGCAAAGCAAUGAAGUACUGCAGUAUGUUCCAAGAUUUGGCCUUUAUAUUCACCGAGGUGACAGCGGCUGUGCAGUGAAACUUUUUUAAAUGGUAUUCUGAUACAAGCAUGAUCUGCUAAAUAAGAUUCAGCAACUUACCUAUUCUGCAAAUGGCCCCUUUCUUACUGCCACAAUAUCUAAAUGUUAUUGCCUCACGGUGUAUGCAUUGAGACCUAGCCAGUCACUUUAUGAUCAGCCGUGUCAUGUCAAUUGAGUGCAGCAAUGCUGUUGCUGUUGUGGUCCAUGUCUUGGGACUACAUUAUGAUGAUCUUGGUGGAUCAGAUUCACCUCAGGUUGUAUGACGGCUGAGAAAUAUUUAAGUGCUUGAUGGUGUGGUAGCUAAUUAGCUUAUAAGUAUUCCCAGAAGAUAUCCCCAAUGAUCGUUCAUUGCAACAUGGGCGGCUUUUGCUCUUCUUCUUUCGCUAGUAGUGAGGAAGCCUUUACUUACUGCUGCCAGGAAGUCUCAAGACAGCAGAUUGGUAGGACAAGCCAAACAGCUAGGACACUGCCCAUGAGCUGGCGUCUAUGAUUUGAAACACUGUGUGGAAUAUUUGCAACAGAACAUUGUACGGCAGCGUGCAACAACAGGACACACACAAUCAUGUUAUACACGUGUUGUAAUGUACACAAUUGCAAUG